CCACGGGCACCUGUAACGAGGUGGCGGUGCAUAGCUGCGAGCUCUGCGGCAAGGGCUUUCGCCUCCAGCGGAUGCUCAACCGUCACAUCAAGUGUCACAGCCAGGUGAAGAGACACUUGUGUACCUUCUGUGGAAAGGGCUUCAACGACACCUUCGAUCUGAAGAGACACGUCCGGACCCAUACCGGGAUUCGGCCUUACAAAUGCGAGGUUUGCAACAAAGCCUUCACCCAGCGCUGCUCCCUGGAGUCCCACCUCAAGAAGAUCCACGGCGUGCAGCAGCAGUACGCCUACAAACAGAGGCGAGACAAACUGUACGUGUGCGAAGACUGCGGCUACACAGGCCCCACGCAGGAGGACCUGUACCUCCACGUCAGCGACGUGCACCCCGGAAGCGCUUUCCUGAAAAAGACCUCAAAAAAACUCGCAGCCGUUUUGCAAAACAAACUCAGCCCUGUCCUGCAGAGGAACUCCAAAGACGACGACAAGGAUGAGUAACACGGUGGAUUACAGUGGUCUAAGAGGAAUGAAGUUUACAUGUAGGACUACGUAUAUAUUAUUUUUUUUUUAAAAAAAAAAAUAAAAAACCAAAACGAUUUUGAAAGAAAUCCCUGAAAUGAAAGGGACCGUUAAUGGGGACUCCCUUGAUGUUGGUAGAACCUCAACUUGAAAGAAAUAUUCCCACACACAAUGCAACCAUUGGACUUUUUAUCUGGUCGAGGCAAAUGGAAAACUUGGAAGAGGCCGUCACGUCUUGGAUGGAAUAUUGACCAAACUGACAUUCAGGCACCCCAUUUCAGCUCUACCACGCGUCCGAGCAGCCGUUGACAAACACGUUUGCCUUUUCCCCAGUGUAAUUUUGCAAAGAUAAUAACCGUUACCUCCCGUACAAAUUACUUUUGGGAGGUUUAGGUGAAAAGUGCCAUGUUAAGAGCAGCUACUUAGUACGUUGUUCUAUGCAAAAUGGAUUAAAAUGGUCUUACAGGAAUACACUGUAUCGGUAGAUAAGUUAAAAUGUGCAAAUAACCUUAAUUCUGCCCUCCGUGCAGUAAACUAAUGAUUUAUGGAAGCAUGAUCCAAGGUGAGCUGGAGCUUUUUUUUAAAGGACGCAAUCCUUUUUCCUUCCAAAUUUUCCAGGGCAGAGUUAUGGUUACGUUUAAGGUCCUUUAAGCUGUGAACUUAUUUUAUCAUGUUUAGAUUUAAGUGUAACCUUAACUCUGAUGUUCCUGGACUUGCCAGGCUCACUUUGGGGAUUAUUACCCCAUCCUUUUAACGUACAUGAAUAUCAGCCCAGAAACCCAAAGAAAACACUUUAAUGACUUGAAGACAUGUAUUUUUCUGUCAUGAUGAAAUGCAAUUUUGUGUAUAUUUUA